AGAUUUGGCAAUACAAAUUUGCCGUAAGUUUGCUCUGUACUGCUACAAAAACAAUCAAGGAGUAAAUAAGAGUUACCAAACUUGAGUUUUUAGAAUGCAACUUACGGAAUUUUCAUUUGCGCGUAUAUACUAAGUAUCUUUAAUUGAGUAAUUUAAACUAAUUUCUUUAGAACGUCAUGAAUAUUUCGAUUACUUUUCAUUUUAAUUGUAUAAUAAUUAAGAAACUAUGAAUUUUUGCGAUGGAAUUCACUAAGAAAAUUAAAUCUUUAGUUAAUCUUCGUCAAGCUAGUCGUUCAUCUGUUGACAUACCUGAACCUGAAACAUAUGAACCAGAGGAAGCAGUGAUCACACGAGAAAAAGAAACACCAAGUAAAAGUUUAAAUGAUCCUGAAGUUGAGCAAGAAAUCCUCGAUUCAAUUGAAGACAUUUUCUUUUCUGAUGAAACUUUUGAUGCCAGUGAAUACAAGCUAAGAAAAAUUCCUGAUGUGCCAGACGUAAAUGAAAUUCACAGUGACAGAGUGCAACUGGCAUCCCAGUUACAUGUGGUUUCUAAGAAAUUAUCUGAUUUGAUCUUGCAAAAUCAAUCUGCACUUGCAGAAGAACUGCAGCGGGUGACAGAGAUGCAAAAAACCCUGGAAGAAGCUUGUGGAAUAUGUGUUCAAAGCAGAAGCUUGCUUGCACAGACAAAGCAAGAUUUCACUACUGCUAGCUUGGGCAUAUUAGCCAGUUAUCGCAAAAGAGAGCAACUGAAAUGCCUUCUCAGAUCACUGUGUAUGAUUAAAACAUUACAAGAAACAGAUGUCAGAUUGAGAGAGCUCUUAGAAGAGGAAGAUUACCCUGGAGCAAUACAGUUAUGUUUAGAGUGUCAAAAGGCAGCUAGCACAUUUAAACAUUUUUCUUGCAUAAGUGAACUAAGCUCAAAACUCCAAGAUACACUUGAAAUGACUGAAGAACAGCUAGAUGUUGCUUUGUCUAAAGUUUGUUCUAGUUUUGAUCAGAUUCAUUAUGAGAAGCUCCAGGAAGCAUAUGCGUUGCUUGGGAAAAUGCAGACUGCGAUCGACCAGCUACUAAUGCAUUUUGCUAGUGCAAUUCAUAAUACUGCUUUUAUGAUUGUACUGGAGUAUGCUGAAAAAAAUUGUGGUGGGAAAGACAAAAGUUUUCAGAAAAGGCAAUAUUUUGAUUUGUGUAAAUUUGUAGGUUCUGAAAACUUUACUGCUUGUUUGACAAAUUUAUGCAAAGCACUUUGGAAGAUAAUGCAUAGUUACUGGUGUAUUUUAGAAUGGCAUGAAGUUAAUGAUGAAAAUAGAAAACCUUCGGAAGAUACUUCUUCAGCUUCCAGUGUAGAAUCCUCAUUCAAUCGUAAUUAUAUUAAACAAAAGUUGGAACAUGGCUUGUUAAGAAUAUGGCAAGAUGUGCAACAAAAGGUUAAAGGAUAUCUUUUAGCUUCUGAUAUAUCUCCAUUUAAAUUUGACGAGUUCAUACACAUCCUAGCUUUAAUACAAAGGCUUAUUGAUAUUGGUGAAGACUUUUGUGGAAGCAGAUCUGAAGACCUCCAAGAAUCUGUGCGAAAACAAUCAGUAAACUAUUUUAGGAACUACCACAGAGGUUUUAUGGAAGAAUUGCGCACUUUUCUUGAACAUGAAAGUUGGGAAAUUUGUCCUGUUCAUUCUGCAUUUUCUGCUGUGCAUUUGCAGGAGUUUCGUUUUCUAACUCGAACUUGUAUCAGACAUCAGUCAUUUACAUCAUCUCCUGAAAAAACAGAAAAAGCUAGUAGUCCAAGUAGAAGAGAAAGUUUCUUUAAAAAGAAUAUGGAAAGUUAUGAUCCAUUUGAAGAAAAGUUUGAGGAUGAUGAAACUGAAGACAUUCUUGCAUUGAAAGAGAAUGAUGAUUUAGAUCGAACUAAUUAUGAUUCAGACAGUGAUGACUCAGAAAUUCCUGACGAACUAAAGAAAGAUUUCAUUGAUGAAAAUACAGAAGAUAUACCAAAAAAAGUUCAGUCUAAGUUUAGUAAGAAAGUUACACAUGCAGGAAGGAAAAAACAAGUUCCAAUUUUAACCAAUACAGCUUUGAAUGUUCUUCGCUCGUUUGGAAAAUAUAUGCAAAUGAUGAGUGUUCUGAAGCCCAUUGCUUUUGAUGUUCUCAUCUGCAUGUCUCAACUGUUUGACUAUUAUAUGUAUUCUGUCUACAUUUUCUUUGCAAAAGAAAUGAGUGAUUUAACUGAAAAUAUAUUGAGUAAUAAAUUAAGAACAACUCUGAAGAGAAUUCGGGAAAAUCUUAUGUCAGAAGAGGAGGCAGCUGAGACCUUCGAUACUAGAAACAAGGAUAAAAUUCCACCGCCAACAUUGUCCUCUGCUGUCAAUUUGAAAAAAGUGGAAGAUCUUUAUGGACUAGCUGAGAGAGUAGCUGCUGCUGAAUCUUUAGUUUUUCUGGCAGAACAAUUUGAACUUUUACAUCCUCAUCUAGAAUUACUUAUACCCUCUACAAAGAGAGCUUUCUUACAACAGUUUUGUUCCCAGACUGUAAGCCAAGCAUCUGAAUUGCGGAGGCCCAUCUACAUGGCAGUUGCUGCAAGAACUAUAGAUUACGAACAAGUUGUGACUUUAAUGGCUGCUGUCAAAUGGGAUAUCAAUGAAAUUAUGUCACAGCACAGCAGUUAUGUUGACAUCUUACUGAGGGAACUGCAGGUUUUUAGCAUGAGAUUGUCAGAAGUGUCUAAAAAAGUGCCAAUUCCUAAAGAAGCAUAUGAUCUAUUGUGGGAACAUUGUAUUAAACUAGCCAAUCACUCUUUUAUAGAAGGAUUUUCUCAAGCAAAGAAAUGCACAAAUGGGGGUCGUGCCCUAAUGCAGUUAGAUUAUCAACAGUUUUUGAGUAAAAUAGAGCGACUGACAGAUCUUCAACCAGUUCCAGGAAAGGAACAUGUGGAAAGCUAUAUAAAGGCUUACUAUAUGUUAGAACCAAAUUUAGAGCAGUGGAUACGUUCUCACAGGGAGUAUACAAACCGACAAUUAAUAGGUCUGGUAAAUUGUAUUACUCAGCUGAAUAAAAAAGGACGUCAAAGACUUAUAAAUUUAAUAGAAGAAGGCGAUAAGUUGAGAAGGUGACACAGUGUACAUAUUAGAAUGGUUAUACUUUUGUGAUGCACGUGUACAUAUAUUUCCAUUUAGUGCUCUGUUAAAUGUUGAGUGAUUACUGUUUUAAACUGAACUUAUUACAUGUAAAAAUAAUUAUAAUCAUUUUAUCAUAUUUCUGUAAAUUUGUUGCUAUUGAUUGAAAGUCAUUAAAUAAAUUAUUAUUCUAUAUUUGAAGUUGCAACAAAAACCUAAACUUUGUGAUAAGAAAGUUAUAAAAAAGUGGCAAAAUUCAGCUUUAGAUUGAUGUUUGUUUAAUAGAAAAGCUAUUUUUUUAGUUUUUCCUUUAAAAUGCCAGUUAAAUGUUAAAUUUACCCUAAUUUAAAAGUGAAAAAGAAGUUUUACAUUUUUAAAAUGCUUUGUAAUGAAUAUAUGUAUGAUAGUUUUAUUAUUUAAUUAUUGAAAAGUGAGAAUUUUUUUUUUAAAUAUUUUGCAGGCAAAAAUUGCAGGCUUAUAUUUUGCAGGCAAAAAUAUUCAUAUAUUUUUUUAUAUUGAGUGCAUGUCAAUUUUACAAAUCAAAGUCUUGUAUUAAUUUUUUUGGUGUUAAAGAUCUUAAAACUAUGUUUUUUGGGUAUUUUGAACCUCAUUAUUAUUAUUAUUAUUAUUAUAUUAUUAUUAUUAUUAUUAUUAUUGCCUUUAAAAAGUCCUGAAUUUAUACUGAAUUUUGUAUUUAUGGUGUUUGGUAGCACAGAAGGUGAUAAAAAUUUUACCUUAUAAAACUGUUAGCAAUUUAGAUAUUUGCAAAUGAAAAUUGGAGAAUGCAUCCAUAUUUUGAUUGUGGUAUAAUUUAUGCAUUGCACAUUAAUAUGUAUUUUGGAAGGGACUAGGAAUUGAUUUUUCUUUUAUUAUAUGGAACAGUAUAUUUCAAACCAUUUAUCUUGUACUAUUUGUACACAUACACACACAUAUAUAUGCAUCUAAGUGUUACUUAGAUGCAAAUAUAACCUGUUACUUAGAUGCAUAUAUACAUAUAUAUAUGUGCAUCUAAGUAACAGGUUAUUUGGCAAUAUUAAGCCAUUCAAUUGUAAAAUGAAUAAAUAUUUCUAGACCAUUUUAUAUUGUUUGUGAUAUAAAAAUGCAGAAUUUAAGUUGUUUGUAUUAGAGUAUUUUUUCAGUUUUAUGUUUUGCAAUUGAUUGUGCGUUUUCUAUGUAUACUAACUUACACAAUUAGAGAAUGCACAUAUAGGUUUUAAAUUGAAGUAUAUUACUGUUUUUGCUGUGUCCUAAUUUGAAACUGGACCCAAAUAAUUGUCCAUGCCAGAGCAAUAUUUUCUUAUGGUUACUAGAAAUUAGUAAGUUGUUAAGCUGUUAUAAUUCAUCUUUGAAUUUUCUUGGUAAAGAACACUUAUUCAACAAAACAUAAUCUCAGUUAAAAGUAAUACUUUCCAGUCAUGAUUUUUGAUGCUGUCUGCAAUUUGUGAAUAAAUUUCUGGGCUUGAAAUUAUGCAGAGAUCAGUGCCAUCAAAUACUACGUAAGCUGUUAUAUAGAAAAUUGUUUUGUAUUUUUUAAAUAACAAUUUUAAAUAUUUUUGUUAAUGUGUAUUUUUUUCUAAUCUGAAGUUACAGGAAUUUUUCAUUUUCAUAGCUAACAAUUAGGUAGAAGGUGAAAUUCUCAUAGCUGAUAUUUUAUUAGACCAUCUAAGUUUUAUGAAGUUCAGUAUAUAUGAAAGGAAUAUUAAUAGUUUGAUUUUUUUUACCAUAUUGUAUCACAUACAUAAAUUUUUGUGUGCCUUAGUAUUUAAAAUGAGCUAUGAUGUUACUUCAAAGUACAGAUAUGAAGCCACUUUUUUUUUUUUUUUUUUUUUUUUUUUUUUUUUAAUCUUAGACUUUAGUUGGAGGUCAUUCAACAAACACAUUAGUUGAUUAUCACAGUAUAUAUUCAUUUUUAAAUCAAAAUUUUCAAAAGAUUUGAAUUAAUUAAAUUUAAAAUGUAAUAAUAAAUAAAAUAUUUAAAAACAUUUUUGGUAUUAAAUUGCAGACUUAAUGUAUGAUAAAUUUAAUGUUAUUUAUUGUGAUUUUUAGAUCUCACUAAAUAAAAAUUACUACUAAGUAAAAAUAUGCAUAAUUUUCAAAUGUACAAUAGUAUUUUAAACAUAAAUAUAUUAUUAUUUUCUGUUCACAAAAAAAAAAAAAAAAAAAAAAUGCAACAAGCAAGUGUAAUAAAGUAAAAUAAAAUAAUUAUAACAUAUAUAAAUGAAUAAUUUAGCACGUAACAUACAUGUGUGUGCGCGGAUAUUAUUGACCUAUGUCCAUUAUGUGCAGGUAUAAACAUGGAUUUAUAGUCAGGAAUUAUCUUCAAGAGAUUUUUUAACAGCUGUAUAUGUAUUAACUUAAAACUAACCUCAACCAUUUUUAUAAUACUAGAGAAAUAAAGUUUUUAUUUCAGUUAUA